AUUUUUUACUUUACCAUCAUAUUAGAUUUGGGCGAGCAGUUCACGCUCUCUCCCUUCCCGCAAGAGGGGUCCGUUGUCCAGGUGUGUUGAGCUGGGUGAGGAAGCUAUUUAGCAAAAUGAACCUAGAUACCUCCCCCUUCCUUCCUCCCUUGUACCUCUUUUCUUCCCUCUCCCCUUCUUUCUCCCCCUCCCCCUCCUCAGCCAGGGAGACGCCAUAGUCCUCUAGCACGUGGCUACGUACGGAGGUGGGGAACCCAGGGCCGCAUGCCAUUGGCUAGAGGAGGGGGGCGGGGAGGGGGAGUUGGGACUCCGAGAGGCGUGAUGGGGGAGGUGCUAAGGGAGCAGGCACCCGAACGGCCCACGUGGCUGACUCUUCCACCCUCCCGCCCUCCUCCCUCAGCCAGCCCAGAAAAGACGCUAAUAUCCUCGUAAAGCUCACGGUUAUCUUUGGACUGGGAGUCCUGCAGGACAGGAACCGGGCCUUUAACUUAGUUCAUAGUAGGAGCCUAAUAAAUGCUUGUUGGGAAUUGAUGCCGACUUGUAUGAGCAGGUCUGUGGGUCAACUUUGUAUGGCCUCUGGAAGAGACUUCAGCAGCCACUAAAAAGUGUUUUACAUUUGGGGAAAUCUAAGAGGACCUCAAUGGACUUGCCAGGAGUCCCACAAGGAACUGAAUAGCAGAACCAGGAUUGAAACUCACCUCCCUUAACUCUAAAUACAUCCCUCAGCCCCUUGCCACUGCCUAAAUAAUCACAGUUCACAUACAGACUUUAAAAAGAGUGGCUGUGGGGGCAGCGAGGUGGCGCAGUGAAUAGAGCACCAGUCUUGAAGUCAGGAGGACCUCAGUUCAAAUUUGAUCUCAGACACUUAACACUUCCUGGCUGUGUGACCCUGGGCAAAUCCCUUAACCCCAAUUGCCUCAGAAAAAGGAAGAAAGAAAAAAAAGAAAACAAAGACUUGUUCGAGUCAUAUGUCCUUGAAUGCUUUUCUGAUCACCCUUAAAAACAUGAAUUACACCCGAUUCCUCACAGCUGUGAGUGCUGCAAGAAAACCUUCUCCAAUACGACUCCUGACUGAACUGAUGCAGAAAUCACCACCUUCACUCAUUUCCUUGGCUGGAGGAGCUCCAAAUCCUAACACUUUCCCUUUUAAAACUGCAAAGAUCACCAUAGAAGAUGGAACUGCCAUUGAAUUUGGGGAAGAUUUAAUGAAGAGAGCACUUCAAUAUUCUGCCUCAGCAGGGAUUCCAGAAUUGUUGUCGUGGCUGAAAAAGUUCCAGACUAAUCUCCACAAGCCCCACACUGCCCAGUUCAGUCCUGCCCAAGGGCAAAUGGAUGUAUGUGUCACUACUGGAAGUCAAGAAGGCCUUUGUAAAGUAUUUGAGAUGCUCAUUAACCCUGGAGAUAACGUCCUCUUGGAUGCACCUGCUUAUCCAGGAACCCUGGCAGCUCUGAGGCCAUUGGGCUGCAACAUUAUCGGUGUUGGCAGUGACCAAUACGGGGUUAUUCCAGAUUCUCUCCGAGCAGCACUUUCCAGAUGGAGACCAGAGGAUGCACAGAACCCUGAAAGACAGACUCCCAAAUUCCUUUACACGGUUCCCAAUGGCAGCAAUCCUACAGGAACAUCAUUAACAUAUGAACGCAAAAAGGAAAUAUAUGAGCUGGCAAGAAAAUAUGAUUUUCUCAUCAUAGAAGACGAUCCAUACUAUUUUCUUCAAUUCAACAAGCCUUGGGCACCAACAUUUCUUUCUAUGGACACUGAUGGUCGUGUCAUCAGAACAGAUUCUUUCUCAAAAAUUCUGUCUUCAGGGUUGAGAAUAGGUUUUAUAACUGGUCCCAAACCUCUGAUUGAUCAAAUUGUUUUACACAUACAAGUUUCAACAAUGCACACUAGUACUUUUACACAGCUGCUGAUAGCCCAGCUUCUGCAACAGUGGGGAGAAGAGGGCUUCCUGAAGCAUGUAGAUAGGGUGAUAGCCUUCUAUAAGGAGCAGCGGGAUGCCAUGUUGGCAGCUGCAGACAAGUGGCUCAAAGGUUUGGCAGAAUGGCAUGUCCCUGUUGCUGGGAUGUUUUUGUGGAUCAAGAUUAAAGGUAUUUCUGAUACAAAGCAGCUGAUUAUGGAAAAGGCCUUGCAAAAAGAGGUAUUACUAGUUCCUGGAGAUGCAUUCAAUAUUGAUAACUCAAAACCUAGUUCCUACGUCAGAGCAUCCUUCUCUCUGUCUUCUCCAGAACAAAUGAACCAGGCUUUUCAGAGACUGGCUGAACUUAUAAAAGAAUCUUUAUGAAGGGAGAAAAAAAAGAAUCAUUGUACUCAUGGAUUUUCACUGUCAAUUUUUAUAUUUCACAAAGAAGAAAUUGGUUGUGAUAUUAUACCCACGCUUUGUUAGAGAUUUAAUCAUGGAUGUUACAUUCCUGAAUGGCCUUUUAGUGACUGCCAAAAAUUACAAUGCAUCAUUAUGAUUUUUUUUAUAAAAUGGCUGACUGCAAA